AAACAAAAUGAAAAGAAACCAAAAAGAAAACAACUAGAGAGAGAUGAGUCUCGGCGAGAGUCUCACUUCACUAUAACCUUUAUACACCUUUCUCUCCAUUUUCUCAGAUCUUCAAUUUCACUUCAACACACUCUCUUCACUUUUGACUAAGUCAUUCUUCUUCUUCACGAUGGAGCAAUACGAAAAGGUGGAGAAGAUUGGUGAAGGAACAUACGGCGUCGUUUACAAGGCACGUGACCGUGUAACGAAUGAAACCAUCGCGUUGAAGAAGAUUCGACUUGAACAGGAAGAUGAAGGUGUUCCUAGCACUGCCAUUCGUGAGAUUUCGCUGCUUAAAGAAAUGCAGCAUAGGAACAUCGUUAGGUUGCAGGAUGUAGUGCACAGUGACAAGCGAUUGUAUCUGGUUUUUGAGUAUCUGGACUUAGAUCUGAAGAAGCAUAUGGAUUCAUCUCCUGAGUUUAUAAAAGAUCCGCGACAAGUAAAAAUGUUCCUUUAUCAAAUGCUCUGUGGAAUUGCUUACUGCCAUUCACAUAGAGUUCUUCAUCGAGACUUGAAACCACAGAAUUUGUUGAUAGAUCGACGUACUAAUUCACUUAAGCUUGCAGAUUUUGGAUUGGCCAGGGCAUUUGGUAUUCCUGUCAGAACAUUUACACAUGAGGUAGUUACACUGUGGUACCGAGCUCCGGAAAUAUUGCUUGGAUCUCGUCAUUAUUCUACCCCAGUUGAUGUUUGGUCAGUGGGAUGUAUAUUUGCAGAGAUGGCAAAUCGGCGACCUCUAUUCCCUGGGGAUUCCGAGAUUGAUGAGUUAUUUAAAAUAUUCAGAAUCUUGGGUACACCAAAUGAAGAUACAUGGCCAGGAGUAACUUCAUUGCCUGAUUUUAAAUCAACAUUUCCCAGGUGGCCAUCUAAGGACCUAGCAACCGUGGUUCCAAAUCUUGAGCCAGCUGGUCUUGAUCUUCUUAAUAGCAUGCUUUGCUUGGAUCCCACCAAAAGAAUUACUGCCAGGAGCGCUGUGGAGCAUGAAUAUUUCAAAGACAUUAAGUUUGUACCCUAAUUCCAUAUCUUAAUGGUAAAGGUGUUUAUAACAAUAUGUGCAGAAUUUAUGGAUUUUGAUUGUGCCAGAAAUGGGUGUGCUAUUUUUGCUACUUUCUUCAAAGACCUAGGAUCCUGUCAUAUUUAAUAUUUUGUCCUACAAAUAUUUCAGAUUCAACUCUCUGAUAAUAUUGUACCUUCUUUUUUGUGCAAGUCUGAAUAACAAUAUACAGGAACUGUUCAGUUUGCUUGAUUUAUUA